AUGGCGUCCGUGACAACAGGUGAGAGAACAGAGAGGCCCGGCUAACAGCCGAAGGGAACAAUUGAAAUGUUUUGCAUGUGAAGGUUAAUCGGGCGUGUUCACUUUUAAGAACAUUGUGUAGAGUUUUAGCAGUCGGGAUUGAUUUAUAUGGGUGCUGAUGUUGGUCGAAGUUGUCUUUUAAUUCAAUACUGGCGCCAUCGCUAGGACAAUGCUAACCGCUGGUACUAAUGGCUUUUCCAGAUUCUGUACUCCGUUUAAUGUCUCAUUUCACGCCCUGUGAUUAAUAUAGAUGUCAAGAGAGGACCUUGAUUUAGUUUGGAGGCUUUAAAGACAUAAAAUGUUUGAGCCGGUCGGACAGCGUCUAAAGCUAACGAGCUAACAUGCUCGGAUUUUACUUCGAUCUUUCCACCCGGCUGAGCUUCUCCUCUAUCCGGUUUCAUAAGUUUUUAUUAAUGGAAGUUGUUUGGCUGUCAUCUUUGAUUCGGUCCCAGUCAAGCACCGAGGUGUCACCGUGUGAGCUAUCUGUCUGCGUAGCCAUGAGUUCAUCAGUAUUAGUCACAGCUUGUAGGGCUGAGCCAUUGUUCUGGCAGCUGUUGUGCACCCAUCACCCUGUAUCUGUAACUCCAGCUACAAGACGACACUUCAUAAUUGGUGUUAUAAAUAACCUCCAGCUGGCCGUGGUCAGCAUGUGUUAGACCUCAACAUGCUGCUGUCUCCUCAGGUUUAUGUCUCCCACUGGCAGUUUUUUCCCAGGCACCUCUCUCACUGUAGUCUGCAGACUUAUUCAUGAGUAGCUACAGAGUACAACUCAAACACCUCCUAUUUAUUUUGUACUAUUGCUAAUAAUCUAUUUCCUUUUUCUUAAGCCACCUCAGAGUGGAUCCAGUUUUUUAAGGAUGCGGGGAUCCCAGCUGGACUUGCCGUAACUUAUGCAGUCUCCUUUGUGGACAACAGGUAAUCUUAUCUUAUGCAUUCUUUUCUUACCAUAGAUCACUAUAACCUCUCAGUGUCUGGCAGUGUUAAUGCAAGUUUGUAACACCAAUAAACAGUGCCAUCACAGUAAAUCACAUUACUUCAAUGAAUUAGUAUUCUUUUGAAGUAAAUAUCAGACUCUUCUGUGAUGAUUUAACUUUUUACUUGUUGAAAUUUUGAUUUGCUCCAUGUAAUCCUGCUGUUAAUUAUGGCAGUUGCUGUAAUGUUAAUACUUUGUGUGUCACUUUUUAUAACUCACAGUAAACCACAGAGUAUGUAAUGAUGGCCAGUCCUCCCUCUCACGUCUCCAUUUAGUACAAAACGCAGCCACCCGACUCUUAACUGGAGUACGUAAGAGGGAGCACAUUACUCCCGUCCUGGCCUCCCUCAGUUCAUUUUUAGAUUAUUUUAUUUGUUUUUAAAUCUUUAAAUGGUCUGGCUCUAUCUUACUUCUCUGAGCCCCCACACUGUCCAUUUUUCAAACUCGUCUUAAAACCCAUUUUUCUUCAUUGGCUCUCAACCCUGCAUGAGACUCGGCUCCUGUUUUAGUGUUUUAUGGUUAGUUUUUAGUUAUUUGUUUCUAUUGUUUUUAAAUGAGUUUUUAAAAACAUUGAAACUAUAUUUUACUUUUUAAUACCUGCUUUUAUUUUUAUCCAUUGUUUUAAUUGUUUUUUGAUUGUUUUUUAUGUCUGCCUUGUUUUGUCUAUUUAUGUACAGCACUUUGUUCAGCUGUGGUUUUUUUAAAGUGCUUUACAAACAAAGUUGAGUUGAGUAGUGACUAUGCUGACCUGAAUUGUUGUCACUGUCUGGGUGCGGGAGUGAGGUGUUUUUGACCAACUUCUACUACAACCUGAUGUCCAAUCCAUGGUUGUUGUGGAGUUAUAAUUUUUCCAUUUAUUGAUUAAAUGAAAACAAACAAAAAUGACUGAUACAUCCAACUUACUACGAUGGUGUGGCUCGUGAUGAGGGUGACAGUGGUGUGCUCUUCCUGUUCCCCCCGAUCACUGCUUCACCUGUGUCCCUUUUGUAGCAUUUACCUGCCCAUUAACCUGAAGUGCCCCUUGUUGUGAUUGUGCGAGUAACAAAACAAAACCCUUCAAAAUAAUCUGGAUAAAAUGGCUCAUUCAAAUGAUAAUUUUUUCCUUGCAGAAUUAACAAAAACAUGUUAAUGGACCUCAGUAAAGACAUCAUGAUGGACCUCGGCAUUACAGUCAUCGGAGACAUCAUUGCCAUCCUUAAACAUGCCAAGCAAGUCUACAGACAGGUGAGAUCAGACUUGACGUUAAAAUGUUGUGAAGUAAUGAAAUGAUUUAAAGUGGAUGCUCUAUUCUCAGUGGUGUAGGCAUGUAGAAACAAUUUACCGCCUGAAUAUCUCUUCUAUUGUUAUGAGUGCAGUCAUGUAGAAAGGAUGUCUUUUGAAGUUGCUGUUGUCAGGUCAGUGACUCAGUCUACGCUGUUGGUUUAUAUAAUCUCAAUUUGUGCUCUCUUUUCAGGACAUGUGUAAAAUGGCCACAGAAGCCAUCUCCUCAGGACAGACCAGUGUUAAAGCUGAGCUCAGAAGAACUGCCAAUACUCGUACGUAUCCACAUUGCACUCUCCCUUCUCUCCAUUGAGCAUCAGUAAAACAUGCUAACUGCAAUACAUUACAGUACCAGAGAAAUACCAUACCGUAGAAGCUGAUAUUUCAUGGAUGAAACUUUUCCCGAGACAAACAGCGUAUUCAGUGGGAUUUGUUGUUGGUAUCCAUUUAUACUAUAAGAGAAGUCCAGUUUUUGCAUAUGCGAUACAUGUCAUGAUUUGCUUCAUCGAUGACAGAGUGAUAGCUGACACAAAAAUGAAAAGGAUGUAGUUAAAACCUUAGUGGGUGAGAUUGAGGCUCUCAGAGGUACAACUGUAAAUGUGUCCAGUAGAUUGAAAGCUGCUUCUUUAUAUCUGUGCCCUUCUGUAUUUCUCACAAAGGAAUUGUCCCUGGCCUGCUUCAGGGCCUUGAAUUCAAUUACAGGCUGGUGGAUCAUUCCUGUUAUAUUACAGAUUUUUACAUUAUUGCCCUUCUUUCUGUCAUAGUCCUGAGUUGCUCCCCUGCUCAUGUCUUUUUUUACAUUCCAGACUCAGUCUUUCCUCCUGUAGAUUGCACUUUUCUUCCAUCUAGCCUUGAGCUUAAGUAUUUCUUGAGGGUUUUUUGAGUUUCCAGUUGUGUUUCCAAAUGUCCUCAGAUCACUCAUUUUAUCACUGUCUGUCUGUCCCAGUGAAAGUACAUUUAUUUUUCAACGAAACUCCUUAAUGCCUCCCGAGCAGCAUCUAAUUCUCCUGCUGGGGAGCAUGCUGCAAGCAAGCUCAGAUUUGUUCAGUGGUAGAUAGUCUCUCCCAUUUACUGAUUACUGUCCUCCAGCGAGCUAACAUAGAGCUAUGUUUCAAUACUGCUAAUGAAAAUUGCUUGUUUUGCUCUGCUACUAAUUCCCAUUCAAAGUGUUGAUCAGGGCAGCCAUGGGGGUGGCUGUUAUUGUAAGGCAGCCAUAGGACGUGUUUAUUUUGGCGGACAUAUUUGACUAUAGUGUCUAUUUGUUGAUGUUUUAUGAGGGAAGGGUUAGAGGAAGAUAAAGCAGCAACUGUUCGCUGUUAGGAUACACCCACACUGUCGUUGUUAUGUCAUGAAAUGGAGCAUUAUAAACUGUACUCAUUAGGAGAUGAAAACACACUGCUUGAUCUGAUGUUACCAGAACAACUUGUUCUGUAUUGCAAGCUCAUAAUUUUGUCGUGUUUGUUGAGGUCUCGCACGUUUCCGAUGACCACUCUGAAGCCCAGCUGUCCUCUGAUCUGGUCCUCGGGACAGAGUGUGAUGUGUUCUCACAAUCGUAUAGGAAAUGAGAUGUAUGACACCUCCAUUUUUUUCUACUUCUACUCAGCUGCCACGCGUAUGAUUGCCAACGCUUUGAGCCAUGACUCCCCACCAGCCACUCCAGCACGUCGACAUGACAACCGCCUCUCUGUCACGGUGUCCAAUAUGCAAGGCAGCAAGAGCAGCAAAGCAGGUACAUAUAACAGGGAGCUCCAUAUACCCGUCAGUCUUCCGUUUCCUAUCUCUUGGGAACCAUGAGCCCCGCCUUUUUCCGCCUCUAUGUAAUCCUCUCGUAUCCACCACUUUGUUCCUCAGUUGUCAGUCAGCCAGCUGAUGAGGGGAACGGUGUGCAAGGAGUGAAGCGCCGACGUGUGACAGCUGAGAUGGAAGGCAAGUACAUCAUCAACAUGCCCAAAGGUACCACGCCUCGUACACGCCGCAUCCUGGCCCAGCAGGCCGAGAAAGGUAGGCCUGACCCGGUGGCCUCACUGACAGCUUGUUCGAUCAAUGCUGUUGCUUACCAAGGCUAAUCAUUACUAACUGUCUUCGUCAUUUUCUUACGGAAUAAAACUGGGUGAGGUUACUCAAGGCUAAAAAUUUGAGUCUGUGAAAAUUCACCCUAUUUUCUUCACUAAUACUCCUCACAUAACCAACAAUUUAACUCGCAUUUCAAACGAUGUCUGUGUGCAUGUCAGGUAUUUUGCUGUGAAGUCAAAAGAGAGGCACAAGGUCAUUUUUACUGUGAGAUUUGAUUAGACUAAUCCUACACUGUAAUUGGCUAUUUGCCUAGUCAUGGAUGUAUCUUUAAAAUCAAGGAUUGUUGCUUUUGAUUGUAACUCAACAGGCUGCUUGGACCUCUUUGCAUUUUUAAUGGAGCCACUUUUCUUUACGUACUUAAACUAUGACUUUGGACAGACAUCUUUGUGAGACCAUAAUGAUGCAAGCAAAGGAAACUUAUCUUACAUGCUUCAGCUGGAUUGCUAGUUUCUAAAUUUAAAAAAAAUUCACACAGGAAUAUGAUAUCUGUUUGAUAUAUAAUACGGCUUUUUCAUACAGCAGUUUCAAGGCAGGAUGCCUCUGUUAAACCUCAGUUUCUAUGUGUAAUGCCUCUUUCAGGGGUUGUGACAGAGGAGGAAUGAGGGGAAAGAUGGUGGUAUGUGGCACAUGAGCAGAUAGAGCAGAAAAGCACUGUGUGUGUGAUGUUCCCAGUGUGUAUUUCUUUCCAACAGAGCUGAAAAAUAUUAUCAGGAUAAAGUGCAUAUUUUGAUGUUUCAUCAAAGUCCCUGCUCAUGAAAACCUUGACUUUAACCUGCAACUAUCUAGCUGUGAUAACUCAUGCUCCCAGAUUUGAUUUAAUUUUCCAAGGGUACCAAGUCCAAGUCUAACAAAGUCUGUUUUAUGAAAUAUGAGGCAUACAGAGCAAUUCUAUACAAGUGACUUUGAGUUCGAACUACAAGACCACUUUCAUAAACUCGCAUCAGAAAAUACACGCUGAAGCCCUCUGGAAAUUAAAUUGAAGAUGUUGCUGGCACAAAAUUUACUAGACACAGGCCUUUAACAACAUGCCAAAUUUCUUCCUAAAUGCUAAUUAGCAAUUACUCUUUGCCUUGAAAAGGUAUGAAACGCACUUCUGUGUUCGCAAGACUUGGAGCUGAAUCAAAGGCAGACACAACAACAGGCACCAGCAAGGUGAGUUCUGUCUGUGUUUCUUGAUUGUUGACUUCUUAAAUGCGGGCAAAAAGAGUUGUGUAUUCAUCACGUUCAUGUUUCUCAGCCCACUGGGGUGUUCAGUCGCCUGGAUAGAGGGGGAGAAGAACCCAGACCGGGCAAAAUGGCGAUGGAGGUGGAGGAUGAGGAUGACAGUGACGGGGAAGGCUCUGUCCUACAGUAUGCUGGCGUUCUCAAGAAAGCCCCUCCCUCCCAGAAGAAAGAGCAAGCUACAAAACCCGCUCCGACCACCCUGCGGCGCCUGGGGGGCAAAUUCAAGCUACCUCCAUCUGACUCUCCCACCCCUUCCUCCUCAUCUUCAUCACCUAAUGGUCUCCCCCCUGCUAAGAUUAGUGUGCUUCAGAGACUGGGCAAGAUCUCUGCCACACAUCCUAGCACAGCUGUGUCACCCGCUCCCGCCGACACACAGGACAACAGGGUGACGAGCACUCGGCCUAGAGCUCAGGAGAGACUGACCAUAGCAAGCCCCAAGGUGAGCAGCAGCACAGGAGCUGUAGGGGGGGAGUCUUUGGGGGCACAGAUGGACGUCAGGGCUAUCAGUGUUUUUAAAAGACUGGGUAGCAAGAAACCCUAA